ACAGCUUUAAUGUUGGCAAUAAGGAAAGAAACUUGAAUUUCUACGCAAUGACAUGUCGACAUACAGGAAAUCAAACCUGUGACUCACAGCAGGUGUGCAGCUUCAUAUGACAGCCUCAUGAAAUGAAGAGAGUCUCAGGACUGUGAAGAAUCUCUUACAAGAUGUCAGGAGUUACAGAAGAUGAUCUGCAUCUAAACAUGUCCAGCACAGUGACUGCUUCCCAGAAUCCAGAAUGUAGGAGAAAAGAGAGCCUAAACCCACCUCCUUUAAUGAGUGAUCUCAGGAUUGUCCUCCUGGGGAAGAGUGUGUCAGAAAACAGUGAGGUGGGAAACUUCCUGUUGGGACAAGCAAUGUUUGACAGUGAAGCUCCUCCAGAUGUUGUAGGGAGAGUCAGAGGAAAACUGAAGGACAGACACGUGAUGGUCAUCAACAGUCCUCAGCUGCUCCAGACAAACAUCUCAGAUGAUCAGAUCACACAGACAGUGAGAGAGUGUGUGUAUCUGUCUCAUCCAGGACCUCAUGUGAUCGUUCUGCUCCUCAAACAUGAUCAGUGUUCAGCAGAAGAUCAAGAGUGUGUGCAGAAGGUGCUGGACUCUUUCUCCGAGAGGGUUUAUCAACACACCAUGGUGCUCACCACACAAGAGCCCACUGAAACCAAUGACAUCCUACAGAAAAUCAUUCAGAAGUGCUUCAGCAGACACUUCAGUCUUCAGAGGAGCAGCUCUCCUGAUGAUCUUCUGCAGAUGUUUGAGAACAUUGUGAAAAUGAAUGAUGGACGGCACCUGGACUGUGCUGAAGCUUCACAGUAUUUCACAGUGAAGAAACAGGCCACAGAAAGACUUUCAGAUGAUGUAAAGCUGAAUCUGGUUGUGUGCGGGAGUGACGGCACAUUAAAAUCCUCCGUAUCAGAGCUGAUCCUGCAGCAGACAGACAGAAGAUCAGACAUGGAGCUUCGUGGACGUCAGAUCAGCCUGGUGGAGCUUCCAGCUCUGUUCAACUCUCGGCUCUCAGAGGAGGAAGUGAUGCGUGAGACUCUCCGCUGUGUGUCUCUCUGUCAUCCAGGAGUUCAUGUUUUCCUCCUCAUUAUUCCUGAUGCUCCCCUGACUAAUGAAGACAAAGCAGAAAUGAAGGAGAUCCAGAGGAUCUUCAGCUCCAGAAUCAACAAACACAUGAUGAUCCUCAUAAUGCAGAGUUCAGAGCAUCAGACAGCAGAACUCAAUGAAGAAACACAGUCUGUCAUUGAGAGUUUUGGAGGACGACAUUAUUUCUUUGGUCCCAAAACACAAGUGUCCACAUUGAUGGAGAACAUUGAGAAGAUGGUGGAAGAAAGCAGAGGAGAUUUUUUCACCACAGAGACAUUUUUGGAGGCGCAGAUGAAAAAACUGCUGCAAUUUGAAGAGAUGAAAAAGACAAUUAAUUCACUAGAAACACAUCUACUGUCACCAGUGAGUGAUCUGAGGAUUGUCCUCCUGGGGAAGAGUGUGUCAGAAAACAGUGAGGUGGGAAACUUCCUGUUGGGACAAGCAAUGUUUGACAGUGAAGCUCCUCCAGAUGUUGUAGGGAGAGUCAGAGGAAAACUGAAGGACAGACACGUGAUGGUCAUCAACAGUCCUCAGCUGCUCCAGAGAAACAUCUCAGAUCAUCAGAUCACACAGACAGUGAGAGAGUGUGUGUAUCUGUCUCAUCCAGGACCUCAUGUGAUCGUUCUGCUCCUCAAACAUGAUCAGUGUUCAGCAGAAGAUCAAGAGUGUGUGGAGAAGGUGCUGGACUCUUUCUCUGAGAGGGUUUAUCAACACACCAUGGUGCUCACCACACAAGAGCCCACUGAAACCAAUGACAUCCUACAGAAAAUCAUUCAGAAGUGCUUCAGCAGACACUUCAGUCUUCAGAGGAGCAGCUCUCCUGAUGAUCUUCUGCAGAUGUUUGAGGACAUUGUGAAAAUGAAUGAUGGACGGCACCUGGACUGUGCUGAAGCUUCACAGUAUUUCACAGUGAAGAAACAGGCCACAGAAAGACUUUCAGAUGAUGUAAAGCUGAAUCUGGUUGUGUGCGGGAGUGACGGCACAUUAAAAUCCUCCGUAUCAGAGCAGAUCCUGCAGCAGACAGACACAAGAUCAGACGUGGAGCUUCGUGGACGUCAGAUCAGCCUGGUGGAGCUUCCAGCUCUGUUCAACUCUCGGCUCUCAGAGGAGGAAGUGAUGCGUGAGACUCUCCGCUGUGUGUCUCUCUGUGAUCCUGGAGUUCAUGUUUUCCUCCUCAUUAUUCCUGAUACUCCCCUGACUAAUGAAGACAAAGCAGAAAUGAAGGAGAUCCAGAGGAUCUUCAGCUCCAGAAUCAACAAACACAUGAUGAUCCUCAUAAUGCAGAAUUCAGAGCAUCAGACAGCAGAACUCAAUGAAGAAACACAGUCUGUCAUUGAGAGUUUUGGAGGACGACAUUAUUUCUUUGGUCCCAACACACAAGUGUCCACAUUGAUGGAGAACAUUGAGAAGAUGGUGGAAGAAAGCAGAGGAGAGUUUUUCACCACAGAGACAUUUUUGGAGGCACAGAUGAAAAAACUGCUGCAAUUUGAAGAGAUGAAAAAGACAAUUAAUUCACUAGAAACACAUCUACUGUCACCAGGUUUAACAGAGAGUGAAGAUGAUCUGAGGAUUGUGCUGCUGGGAAAAACUGGAGUUGGGAAAAGUGCAACCGGAAACACAAUCUUAGGAAAUGAUGCAUUUACAGCAGAAACAUCUCAUAAGUCAGUUACUAAAGAGAGUCAGAGAGAAUCAUCUGAAAUCAAUGGUCGACACGUUACUGUGAUCGACACUCCAGGACUGUUUGAUACUGAACUUACUAAUGAGGAGAUCCAGAGAGAAAUCAGACACUGCAUCUCCAUGAUCCUGCCUGGACCACAUGUGUUCAUCAUUGUGCUCAAUUUAGGACAACGAUUCACUCAAGAAGAAGCUACAUCAGUGAAGAUCAUCCAAGAGACGUUUGGUGAGAGAUCUUUAAAGUACACCAUGGUGCUCUUCACCAGAGGAGAUUUUUUGAAGAACAAAACCAUUGAACAGUUUCUGGGAGAACCUGGAUCUCAUUUGAUGAAUCUGAUUGAAGCGUGUGGAAACAGAUUCCAUGUGUUCAAUAAUAAUCAGACUGGAGACCGAAAACAGGUGACUGAUCUACUGGAGAAGAUAGACAACAUGGUGGAGAUAAACGGAGGGAGUUUCUACUCUUGUAAGAUGUUCAGACAGAUGGAAAGAGAAAAACAAGAACAACAGAUGAAGAUCCUGAUGGACAGAGUCAGAGAAAAGGAAGAGGAGAUGAAGAAACUAGAAGAUGAGAAAGAGAGAAUGAAGAUGAUGAUGAAGGAAGAAAGACAGAAUCAUGACAAAGAGAGAAAAAGAAGAGAAGAUAAAUUUAAAAGAGAAAUAAGAGAACAAGAGAAACAUCAGAGAGAGGUACGAGACGAGAUGAGACGAGAACGAGAGACAUUUAAACAUGAAAUAGAGGAAAUGAGGCAAGAAAAAGAGAAAAUAAAAAUAGAAAGAGAAAAACUUCAAAUGAAAUAUGACGCAGAAAUAGACAGACUGAUGAACAGAAUAGAGAAUGAAAGACAGAAUCAUGAAAAAGAGAGAAAGAAAGUAGAAAAAGAAUAUAUAGAAAGAGAAGAACAAUUUAAAACACAAAUAAAAGAGAAAGAAGAGAAAGAAAUAAGGAUCCAUGAGGAGAUGAAGAGAGAACGUGAAGAAUGGGAGAAACAGAAACUACAGGAAAAGACAAGAAGAGAGGAAGAGGAUGAGAAACGAAGGGAAAAAGAACAGAGAGUUUGUGAUGAAUUUAAUCAGAGACUGAAACAAGAGAGAGAGAGAAUGGAGCAAGAGAAAGAAGAUCUUCAAUCUAAACAGGAAGCAGAAGAAAACAAGAUGAAAAUGAUGAUGGAGAAAAUGAACAGAGAAAGAGAAGAACUGAUGAAGAAACAUGAAGAAGAGAAAGUGAAAAUGAUGAUGAUGUUGGAGGAAGAGCGAAAGAAUCAUGACAAAGAGAGAAAGAGGAGAGAAGAAGAAUUCAGAGAGAGAGAAGAAAGACAAAAAAGAGAAAUGAAAGACAAAGAGGAGCAAGAGAGAGAGAUGAGGGAGAAUGCAAAAAGAGAACAAGAGAUGUUAAAAAAUGAAAUGGAGACAAUUAGGCAAGAAAAAGAAAAUGUGAAGAAAGAAAAAGAAAACCUUAAAACUGAAUACAUCACAGAAAUAGAGAGACUAAUGCAGAGAAUAGAGGAUGAAAGACAGAAUAAUGAUACAGAGAGAAAGAGAAGAGAAGAAGAGUUUAAUGAAAGGGAAGAACAAUAUAAAACACAAAAAAUGAAACACAAAGAGGAGAGAGAGGAACAGAUGCAGAAAAUUAAGAGAGAACAAGAGGAAUGGGAGAAACAGAAACUAGAGGAAAAGAUCAGAAAAGAAGAAGAUGAGAAAAGGAGAGAGAGAGAAAAGCAGAUUGCUGAUGAACAGAUUCUGAGACUGAAGAGUGAAAUGGAGGGAAUAAUUAGAGAGAAAGAGAGAAUAGAAAGAGAAGGACGAGGAAAACUAGAGGAUUUAGAAAAGAGACUGAAAGAAGAAAUAAACAUGAGAGAAGAUCAACAAAAGACUUUUGAAGAGAAACUGAAACUCCUUGAAGAACUUAAUGAAGAUAAGCUAAAGAGAAGACAAGUGGAGUGGAGAGAGGAAUAUGAAAGAGAGAAAAAGGAGAUGAAGAAGAUCUGCUCUGAUUCACUACAGAAAGUCACAGCUUACAGGAAACUGGAGACCGAAUACAGCAAAUGGUCCUGGAGUCUUCACAGUGCCAUGGUGGAAACUGAGAACAAACUACAAAAUAAAGUAGAUAAUAAAGUAAUUCAUGAGAUUGAGGAAACUGAUCUUCAAAGAGAACUGAAGAAGACAAGUGAAGAAGUGGAGAAAUCAAUGUCUGAAUUCUUUGAGAAAGACAAAGAUAAAGAUAUACUGAUUCAGUGGAAAACAUCAUUUGAAAUCAAAAUCAAAGAGCUUCAGGAAAACAUUGUGAGAGAAACAAAGAGGAAAUUAAAUGAGGUUCUUCAGCAGCGAGACCUGAAGAAAAAGAUUGAUACUCAGAGGACAUAUAAUGAAAACACUCUCUAUGAAAAGAGCAAAGAACUAGCCUUAAAACUCAAAGACAAAACAAAUAAUGAAACACUGAAGAAAGAGUUUGAUUUUUUGUGGGAACAGAGUGUGAAAAAGAUAAUCAAAGACACUCAAGCAAUCAAAGACAUUGACGUAAUGAGAGAUGUGAAAGAGAUCCUCAGUGACAUCUAUGAAGGACAUCUCCCUGUAAACAACCUGAAGAUGAACAGGGAUAUUUUCUCUCUGUCAAGUUAUUCAUAUUAUGUACAGGACAAGAAAAACAUUGCAUUUAAAGAUUCCUUCAGAUCAACAAAAGAGAAACUUGGAUACAUUCUAUCUAAAGAGGAAGAAGCCCAAAUAAGUUCAUUAGUCAGAGAUGUUGUUCAGCAGACAGACACAAUGAUUCAGUCAUUUAACAUUUCAACGAUGGGCUACAACAUCAGCUGCAUUCAACAACUCACAGAAUACAUCAAGAGGAGAGUCACAGAACAUCAGGAAGGAGCAGUAAAAUACAAGUUCAAGAAUAAAUUCUUCAUUCAUUUAGUUCUUUCAAUAUGUAAAAAAGCAAACAAGAUCAUCACUGACCAACACAGGAUGUUCAGAGAAGCCAAUGAUCCUGUAAUAUAUCUUAAAAAGAAGAAACAGGAGAACUGUAGUAUUUUCCAAAAACACCUGCAUGGAGCUGCAUCAGCUGCCAUUUUUGGUGUGAUCAUCUGUCAGAAACUUAAAGAGCCCAUUGAGCAGAGUGUCUACAAGAAGACUGCCAGAGAUCUGACAUAUGAACUGAGAACAAACUGUGAAUCACUGAAUGGAAACAGAUCAAAUAUAGAGAAACACAUCCUGAAGACACUGGCAGAAAAGGAGGAUUUUGACAAAUACAUGAACUACAUUGAUAAUCCCAGAGAUCACUUCAAGAGUUUCAUCAGAGAUGAAGUCAGUCGGUACAUCACUGAUAAAUUCAGUGCCAGUGUUUUACCCAAGAUGAACGAAAACAUUGAACUCCUGCAGCAGAAGAUCAUGAAAGCAGCACAUGAAUCUACUGAACUUGUUCAAGUGAACAGUGGAGAUGUUGGUUUGUGGUUGAAGAGUUUCACACAGCAGCUCUCAGAUGUGCUGAUCUUCUCUGAAAAAGACCUCAAUGGAGUGAAAUAUGAUGUUGAUGAUUUCAACCUCCUAGAAGAUGUGAUAGAAAAAGAAUUUUUUUAUAUAACAUUUGACAUCAGCAGCAGAUUCACCACAGAGACAUUUUAUGUCAAUCUGGACUAUAAGUUCAGACCAGAUGAGCUUCUGAUUGAUCACUUAUGUCAGUGCUGUUGGCUUCAGUGUCCAUUCUGUGGAGCCACCUGCACCAACACCAUAGAAAACCAUGAUGAAGAGCACAGUGCUUCUUUCCACAGAGUGACUGGAAUUAAUGGCACAUUUUACCUUUCAACUCAGAAUCCUUGUGCUGAUAUUUGCACAAAUUUAGUGGCAAGUAAUCAGUAUUUUAAUGCAGAAAAUGGAAUGUUUAAAUAUAGAAAAUACAGAAAAGCAGGUGGAAGGUUUACUAAUUGGAGCAUCACCCCUGACCUCUCUGAACUGCCCUACUGGAAGUGGUUUGUGUGCAGAUUCCAGAAAGAUCUGGAAAAACACUACAAUAAAACAUUUGAUGGUUCUGGUAAGAUUCCAGAUGAAUGGAGAAAAUACUCAAAACUGGAUGCCAUUGAGAGUGUAGUAGAUCAGUGCAUCUAAUAGGGAAGAUAAAAAAUGAGACUUUUACAUCUUACUCUUACGAUUCUCUUCAGAUCACAAUCAGCGUCUAUAACAUACAUCAGUGAGAGUCUGAACUCAUCUACACCUUGCAGAGAAUUAAAUGUACACUGGAUACACAAAGUGUUUAAAGACAACAUUUAUUACUACAUGUCUUCUGGUCUAGAAAACAGAAUUUGAAAUAUAAUUUUCUAAAUUUAAUGUAUUAAAAAUUGUAUACAAUAUUUAACCUCACUGAAUUGUAAUUGUGCUGAAUUUUAUAGAUUUGCAGAUUUUCAUUGUGUAUUUUAUAGUGAAAUUAUUUGUAGAUAUUCACAUUAAUCAAUUAAUAAUUUUAAGUUGUUCAAUUUAUAAAAUGUAUAAUAACAUCUAAUAAAAAUCAUGUUUAUUAUGUAAAUCUUUGUUGUUAAUGUUUAUGACAAAAUUAAUAUGUACCCAUGGGUGGGGAACAUGUGGGGAACAUGUGUGGGGGACACAUGUGGGUGGCCGCCCACGGCUCCUGACCCACCAUGGCCGCCCACUUUCCCUGACCCGCCAUGGUCGCCCAUGGCUCCUGACCCGCCAAUGGCCACCCACGGCUCCUGACCCGCCAUGGUCGCCCACGGUCCCUGACCCGCCAUGGUCCCGCCAUGGUCGCCCACGGCCCCUGACCCGCCAUGGUCGCCCACGGUCCCUGACUCGCCAUGGUCGCCCACGGUCCCUGACCCGCCAUGGUCGCCCACGGCCUUUGACCCGCCAUGGUCACCCACGGUCCCUGACCCGCCAUGGUCGCCCACGGCUCCUGACCCGCCGUGACGGUCCGCACUACUAGACCCGCCCUGGAGACCUCCGCACCCGUCUGCACCUCCCCCCACACCUGCGUGGAGGUCUCCAGGGUGCCCUCCCCCCUUCCCCAUUGUUAUGGCAUGAGGACGCACCUACCGGGGAGGCGGAGGUAAUGUUACAAUCACGCCUUCCUGGACUCCAUUUCCCAGCAUCCUCCCUGCUCCACACCUGUUUGCACUUCCCUCAUCAGCCUUCCCGCCAUUCCCUGGAUUCCCUGCACCAGUGUAUUGUCAUUAGCACUCCCUUUAAGUUGGACUCACUCCUUGCACUCCUGGUCGGUUAUAUUGUUUAUCGUAUGUUGUGACCUUUCUUCUAUGAUUAAAACCCCAUUGUUAU